UUAUUUGAAACUCGUUAGUCAAUCCUCCUUCAGAAAUUGAGUGAUAGAUCACCAUCCUGUAGCUUUAAUUUUCAGUCAAUAGCGUAAACUUACCAAACCAAAUCAUGCCCUUUAACUUUAAAAAUGAUGAAGUCGUGUUACUUUUUUUCUGCAGAUGGAUGUUGGAUAUACUACUGUUCCUUGUAUACUAGGAAGGAGGGAGAACUUGGAUUUCUUUCUGGCAAGACUAUUGAGCCUCAUCACAAAUAACUUUCUUAGAGUGGCAUCUUUAACAAUUUUCUUGACUAUAAGAAAAGUAAAAUACGAGAUCACGCUCCUAACUUGUCUAAGGAAAGGGCAAGGUAAGUGAAGAUGAAUGUAUUCAAAUUCCUAAAUAUGUUUACAACUGAGAAUCUUUGAUCUCUUCAGUCAUUCAUGUUACUAUAACAAAAGUAGAAACUUACGCUUAACAAUCUGUUACUGCUACUGCUUUUAGGAGAAUAGUUUUUUCUCCCAAACCGACCUGUUUUAAAUAGGGUAAUGUAUAUUUUAUAUUAUCCAAACCUAUCGAAAUACUAAAAAUUAGCCAAAUGUUAACUUUCAGUUAACAAUUUUGUUAGUAAUAUUGACUUGGCAACAUGAUACUGACUUGAAAGAGACACAUGAAUGUCAACAUUCCAAAAUUUUAGUAUUUGAACUAAGAAAAGAGUUACAAAAUUAUUAACGAUAACAUAAAAAUGGCUAAUAUUUUGAUAUAUUACAAAAAAAUUGGCUAAUUUAUAAUAUUUUAAUAGAUUUGAAUAAUAAAAAAAAUCUGAACAACGGUAAAAAUAGACAUUACCCUUUUUAAAUAACUAGGAUUGGAAGUAUGACCAAACAAUAAUUUAUUGAUUAGACCAAGACUGAGAAAAUGGAUGAUCAAAUCAAUAGUUUUCAGCCAUUAGCCAUUUUGGCAUUUUCUUCUCUCUCUAAAAAAAGUAGAAAGUCCAACGCGGACACAGAAAAGGACAAAGUCGUUAUAGAAGGAGAAAAAAAACCACCUACUAAAAAGCCCAUCCCCACUCACCCUAUCUUGAGCCCUUUCCCUUCUAAGUUUCAGGCCUGAGAGCUUAUUCGUUAUUUGCACAAAGCUGCGCAACGAGCAAAUUCCGAAACCCAUCCCUGCGACAGGAACUGCAGAGAGCGCGAAGCCGCGAACUUAUCUCGAGCAACCAAAAGGUUCUCUUUUCUCUACUAUCUCCAUGCAACGGCCAACGCGUUAGGGUUUGCUCUUGGUAUCAUGUAGUUGAUUUGAGCUCUCUAAUGGAAUUAUUAGGGUUUUGUUUCUAAAAUGCAAAAGGAUGAGACUUUCGCCAUUCUUUCUACUUUCUCGUAGCCUGAGCUCACCUGGGAACUAAUGGGUUCAUAGAUUAGAAGUUGCCAGUUCGAUAAUUUGUGAUUACUGGUUGAAAUUUGCUUAGUUGAGCAUUAAACCUAAUGGCGGAAGUUCGUCCUCCCUAGAUAGCAAUUUUAUAGGGUGCGAUUGUGCGAGAAUGUUUACAAGUCUGGGUAACUCUCUGAUUCUUGAUAAGAUUGACUCGGUGGUUUUUGGGGGAUGGUGUUUAUUUUUGGUUGAUAGAUGGCACUUCAAGAGAAACUUGAGAAGUUCAAGAAGCAGCAAGAAAAUAUGCACUCGAUGCUAAGCAGCAUUACGCAGAAACCAGGGUCCUCUAAACCACUAUCAACUUCGAAGUCUGUGCCUUAUUCAGCUACACAGCUAGCAGGUGCUAAGGCUCCGGCUCAGCCUGUCAAGUUCUCGAAUGAUACGGAGAGACUUCAGAUUAUAAAUAGCAUUCGAAAGGGGCCUGUGGGAUCUCAGAUCAAGCGUGUUAUAGAGCUUUUGAAAGAUACAAGGCAAGCCUUCACUUCGGAUCAAAUAAAUGAAGCCACAUAUGUGGAUGUGAAAUCCAAUAAGGCUGUCUUUGAGAGUUUGACGAACAAUCUGAAAGUGAACUAUGAUGGGAGGCACUUCUCCUACAAGGCCAAGCAUGACUUGAAGGACAAGAAUCAACUACUGCACUUGAUACGGAAAUUUCCCGAGGGAAUUGCUGUCAUUGAUCUCAAGGAUGCAUACCCUACUGUGAUGGACGACCUACAGGUUCUGAAAGCUGAAGGAAAGAUCUGGCUACUGUCGAACUUUGACUCCCAGGAGGACAUCGCCUAUCCUAAUGAUCCCAGGGUAGUGAUUAAGGUUGAUGACGACCUUAAACAGCUCUUUAGAGGGAUUGAAUUGCCUCGUGACAUGCUCGACAUUGAGAAGGAUCUUCAGAAGAAUGGGAUGAAGCCUGCAACCAACACUGCAAAGAGACGAGCCGCAGCUGAGUUUCAAGGCAUUUCUAGCAAGCCAAAGAUCAAGAAGAAGAAGCAUGAGAUCAGCAAGAGGACUAAGCUCACUAAUGCUCAUCUUAUGCAUCUUUUCCUUGGAAAACCAGAAAGUGAAAACCCUAAUGCUGGCCAAUCCUAGUCUGUAAAUUGCAGAAUCUCUGCUAAAUGAUCCUAGAUUUAUGUGCGUGUUUGGACAUAGCUGGUUCUGCAUGUAAAUAAGACAACCGCCACCCUUGUGGAUUGUUAGUGUUUGACUUUGAUAUAAAAAGUUUCUGUGUUAGUUACUGUGUUUAGCAGGAAUAGAAAAUCGAUUGUAGACUUCUGAUUCCCUAGUUACGAACUUAAGACUAUCCAUAAUUUUACAUCUAUGUAGUGGUUCGUUGAAUGUAUGUAUGUAUUCAGAAGGGUGUGAGUGACCAACCUAAUCCCAGUUAAUUGAGAUUUUCUUUAAUCCAUCUUAAUUAUGAACUUCUUUGAUCAUAUCCGAGCUACUGUUAUCCGAAUAUGAUCUUAUUUCAUGUUUUUACAUGAACUUACUCAAUUUCUGUCACCCAUGAAAGUAUUUUUAACACCGAACAUUAUGGUGAAAUCAGCUCUAUUAAAUUUUUUACAGGGAAUUAUAAUAUAUAUAUAUAUAUAUUAUUUUCAGGAAAAAGUUCGGAUUCUAUACUUUAUUCAAUGUUGCCAGAAACGAAUUGGAGUAUGAAUUGAUAUAACGAAUAAUUCACACUUUGGUGGUCCGAUCAGUAUUAAGCCGUUAAAAACAGUUAAUGAAACGAUGACUAUUAU